AUGGAAAAUGCUGUGAAAACGAAACCUACUACUUUAGAGGAAUUAAAACGAAAUCGUGAGAAAUUACAAUUUCGUAAAACUCGUUUUGAAAAGCGAAACAAAGCCAAAAAUGGCAGUCCGGAUCUUUGUAACAAGUCUCUCUCUCAGUGCGAGAACUCCGCACAUAGAUCUGACACAAUUUCGGUGCGAUCGUCCACUGCCUCAGUUAAUCGAUUCACUGUCGCUACUGCCAGCUCAAAAGAACCGUCUUGUACAGUUUAUGAGAAACUUAUAUUGGACUAUCUUACGAAAGGUCUACAUAAUGUCAGCUCAUUACCAUUAGAUUCUUAUGACCUACUUAAAAGUGAUUUUCGUAUUCCUUUUACACAGACGUCUUUAAAAAAUCUUGAGACUGCACUUAAGGCUUUAUCAAAUACAUGGGGUCCUAAGGCUAUAUCUGUGAAAGAAAAAAAAAUUAAUGGGAGUAAGAGAUUAAUAGUGGAAGAGGUUGAUUCUCGAAAGUUGAAUGCAGUCAAAGUUAUUGAAAGUGCUUUAGAUUCGGAAGAUCCUUCAUCGUUAGAAAAGUCGUUACAAUUGACCACUUACGCAAGCAAUGACGGUAAAAAGCGCAAAAUUGAUCGUAUACUAGAUGACGACGACGAUGAUGCGUCAAAAGAAAUAAAUGAACUUCUUGCAAAACCAUCAUUUAAAGAAUUAGAAGAGAAUGGUCCGUUGCAUAAUCUAUGUGUAAUGUUGAAUAAAAAAUCUUCUCAAGACAAGUUAAUAAUCGAUAUGUUUGACUUUUCGAUUCUCGGAAAGUUUACUGUUAUAAUGGCUGAUCCACCAUGGGAUAUUCAUAUGACGCUCCCCUACGGUACUAUGACUGACGAUGAAAUGAAAGCUAUGGAAAUUUCUACAUUACAGGAUGAAGGAUUAUUAAUGCUUGAAUAUUUGGGGGUAACUAUUCAAAUUGAUGACCUUAAAUAUUUUCAAUUAAUAAAACUAAGAUCACUUUAUUUGAUUAGUUAUGAUCGUGCAGAUGAACUUGUAUGGAUCAAAACCAAUCAAUUACAGAGACUUAUUCGGACUGGACGAACAGGACAUUGGCUAAAUCACAGCAAAGAACAUUGUUUAGUUGGAAUUAAAGGUAAUCCUGAAGAUUUAAAUUUGGGACUAGAUUGCGAUGUUUUAGUUGGAGAGGUUCGAGAAACAAGUCGUAAACCAGAUGAAAUCUACGGAUUAAUUGAUCGUUUGGCACCUGGUACACGUAAAUUAG